AAUGCUAUUUUUCUUUUUAAUAAUGCAGUUUUUUUUAUGACUUGCUGGAAAAUGGAGCAAUGCAAAAUUUGCGGAAGAAAUAAAAAACAGCCCGCCCUGACGACUCGGCCAUUCGAGUUCGAUUUAGAGCCAUUUGAAGAAGAUCGAGAUCUGUCCCAUUUCCUGUACCGUUUAACGCAGGACAUUAUAAGCACGAAGAACUUCUCCGAUGAUAACAUCAAUCGCAUUUGUGCAAAACACUUGAACAGGGCUGUGUAUCCCGACAGACAGCGCCUGCAGGAGGUGGUGCAGGAUUUGAAGAACAAAUUGCACAUUUCGCGUAAGGAUGGACAAGUAAAUGCUUCCCCCAAAGCGGAAAAGCUAGUAUACGAUGAUAGCAGCAGCACGACGUUGCACAAUAAAUCGUGCAAAAUGGAAGACAAAAUCAUUAGUGCACAAUCGCUUAUUAAUGUUCCCAAACUAUUACUGAAAGAUCAACCCAGUUCGAUUAGUACAAUCACCACGUACGAUUUUCCAUCUUCAGUUGAACCAACGACGCAGCCCCUUCAGCUACUAAUAGCAACGGACGCGCGGAAAAGUACAACACCACAAGCUUCAAAAACCACACUGCAAACCAUUUUCCUGAAAGCCGACUACAGUGACCGGUCAGUAAAUUGCCCGGCUGAAUCAGUUAACAGCUCAGUCAUUGCAAUCACCCGGAUGGUCGCGGCAAGCCGAACUCCCGAAAGUGAAUGUAGAACCUGUCCGCUGGGAAAGGGAGAUACUCAUCGGAAUGUUGUGCGGGGAAAUAGCUCGAAAAAGCUGGUUAAAAAGUAAAAAUUCUUUUUCGUAGGUGUAGGGGAAAAAUUCAUGGUA